UUUGUUUUCUGAUCGACCCACGAAGAACAGGUUGUGAACAGUUGUGAAUUAAAGUAACGAAAACAUAUGCAGUACUGUUCAGGUUAUGGUGGAUAGUGUGUGAUGUUCGUUUAAAUAAAAGUCGUCAUUGAAGUGGGGAAAUUCCUUGAGAAAAUUUACUUUAAGGAGGUAAUAUUGUGCUGCAAACAGAACAUUUAAGAUUGUUGUGAAAAGAAAUUAGUUCUUCCAUUGGUACGUACUCUUGUCGCUGUACUGAAAGCCGUAGUGCAAAAUGCCAUAAGUUGGCUAUUCCCUACCCAAUUCUGUUUUAAUAAUAUUUUUUGCGUAUUUGAUCUCAAUAUUUACAAUCGUUCUUAACCUUCGGAAUGAUAUUGGACAAGAUUGCCCGGAACUGCCCGUCAUUCGUUCAGAAUUUCAAAAUUCAACGAGAAUUACUGAAGGGUGGAUUAAAAUCAAUUGUAAAUACAAAUUACAAUAAAUCUACAACCGCGGGAAGGCAAACGAAAGUGAUGGCGGCACCUGUCAAAAGUUGGGAGACUUACUUCAAUGACAAUCGUGAUCGACUGGUACAACAAUAUGAAAAAAAGUAUUCCAAGAUUGAAAAUAAAAGAGAAAUAGCUUCUGAUCUUAAUAGAAAAGUUGCUAUGUGUCAAGGAGAUAUUACAAAACUAGAAAUUGAUGCCAUUGUUAAUGCUGCCAACUCUUCCUUAUUGGGUGGUGGAGGAGUUGAUGGUGCAAUUCACCGGGGUGCUGGGCCGAAAUUAAAAGAAGAGUGUCGUACACUCAAUGGUUGCAAUGUUGGUGAAGCCAAAAUUACUAAUGGAUACAACUUGCUAGCAAAACAUGUUAUCCACACUGUUGGGCCCCAAGGAGAAAAACCUGAUUUAUUGAAGUCCUGUUACAAUUCAUCAUUGCAGCUGCUGCGAAAUAAAAAGUUACGUACUGUGGCUUUUCCUUGUAUUUCCACUGGAGUUUACGCUAAGUUCAGAGCAGGACAGAAGAUUUCUGUGAAGUCACAAAGCAUUGAUGUGGCAAACACUGGUGUAGGAUGGCAGUCUCUUCUUAUGCUGCCUUCAACAAUGGAGCUGCAGAGUAAAUACAAUGUGUCACAGAAGCAUCAUGGGAAAGUUUGUAGUCUUGGAGGUGGGGGUGGGAUUCUUUUCUGUGGGUACCCACAAGAGCCUGCUGCUCAUGUUGCUCUGAGUACAGUGAGAACUUUUCUUGAAGAGAAUAAAGAUUCUGUUGAUCAAGUAAUUUUCUGUCUGUUCCUGCCUGAAGAUGUUACUAUUUAUGAAAAUUUGCUGCAGGUGAGAAAAAUGUUACGAGUUGCGCAGUGGCAGUAUUUGGUGCGAGGCAAGAAAGUUAGGCCGAGUCGGCCAUCUUGGAAUGAAGUUUGUAAUCAGUUGAGGUGGAAAGUAGGGUUUCGUAUGCGAGUUGUGACGGCUUUUGCCUUAUCAAUGGCUGUUGUUAAUAUUGGUGGUAACUUGACGUACAUUGGAGUGAACCAAACAAGUUCACUCAACGUUACCGGUACAGGAACGAAGGGUCAUGCAUUUAUGGAACCUGAAAGAUUUCUGCUAGUGGGUCAGUUGUGUAAAUCAUCUUUUCUGUGUAGGAAGACAUCGCGUCUCCUCAAAGCCUUACCAGCUCAAAUGGUAAGAGGACGUUGGAGGAGUGCUGGACCACUUGCUUCCACCUCACCACUCAAUCAGUUUUGGCCUUACCUACACCCUUCAUUGAUAGGCUCGUUCCAGACUUAGCAUAAUGUCCUCCAGCAUGAGAACAACUCUACAGACAGUGCCUGAAUCUCUUCCAGCAGAUCAUGUCAGCAACACCCAGGGUGGUGAGAGUGCAUCAUCAGCAGGGCGGGUCUCAUCCCGAAGUCGCACUUCUGAUGAGCCACAUAUUGGCAAGUACAAGUUGCUCAAGACCAUUGGGAAAGGCAACUUCGCCAAGGUGAAAUUGGCGAAGCAUGUGCCUACAGGAAAAGAGGUGGCUAUCAAAAUAAUUGACAAGACACAACUUAAUCCUGGCAGUUUACAGAAGCUCUUUAGGGAAGUUAGAAUUAUGAAGAUGCUAGACCAUCCAAAUAUUGUAAAACUGUUCCAAGUGAUCGAGACGGAAAAGACACUGUACUUAGUUAUGGAGUACGCCAGUGGGGGAGAAGUCUUCGACUACUUGGUUCUGCACGGUCGGAUGAAGGAAAAAGAAGCGAGGGCGAAAUUCAGACAGAUUGUGUCAGCAGUUCAGUAUUGUCAUCAAAAAAAGAUUAUACACAGAGAUUUGAAGGCUGAAAACCUGCUACUAGAUAGUGAAAUGAAUAUAAAAAUUGCAGACUUUGGCUUUAGUAAUGAAUUCACCCCGGGUAAUAAAUUGGAUACAUUUUGUGGAAGUCCUCCAUAUGCUGCUCCUGAACUUUUUCAAGGAAAAAAAUAUGAUGGGCCUGAAGUGGAUGUUUGGUCAUUGGGUGUGAUCCUUUACACCUUAGUGAGUGGAUCUCUGCCCUUUGAUGGUUCGACGCUCAGGGAGUUACGUGAAAGAGUGCUUCGUGGUAAAUACCGGAUACCUUUUUACAUGUCUACAGACUGUGAAAAUCUCUUGAAGAAAUUCUUGGUGCUUAAUCCGGCUAAAAGGGCUUCUUUAGAAAACAUCAUGAAAGACAAAUGGAUGAACAUGGGCUAUGAAGAAGAUGAACUAAAGCCUUAUGUAGAACCAGAACCUGAUUACAAGGAUCUCAAGAGGAUAGACGCCCUAGUGAGCAUGGGUUACAACCGUGGCGAGAUAGAAGAAAGCUUGGCCAAUGCAAAAUAUGACGACGUAUUCGCCACAUAUUUACUGCUUGGACGAAAGUCCUCAGAUCCGGAGAGUGAUGGGUCACGGUCUGGAAGCUCACUGUCGCUGCGCAACAUCCCUCCAGCCGUGACCCCGGGCAAUGCCCAGUCUCCUUCUCACAGCCAUCGCGGCGUGCACCGUUCCAUCUCAGCCACCAAUGCAAAGCCCAGUAGAAGGGCUUCUUCUGGGGGUGAAACUUUGCGAACACCAACCACAGUGGCCCAAAAUGCAACAAAUCACAAUCAUGCACCUGCUAGUAACUUCAAGAGGCAAAACACUGUGGAUUCAGCUACAAUUAAAGAGACCACAGCCAGAAUUAAUUCUGGAAGCACAGUGACUAGACCUGUUUCAACCAAGAAUACUGCCAAUAUUCCUGUGCUGGAGAGUGUGGGGAGUGCUGCAAGUCCUGGAAAACCUCGUGGGGUGACGAAGUCAAAUACUAUGACAGGUGGAAACCGAGCAGUACUCCCUUCGAGUGGUGGCUCUGUAGGAAGACGAACGACAAUUAGUUAUGAUGCUAAGGCGGCCUCUAAUGAAAAAACAAAUGCUGCUGGGGAAGCACCUAGCUCUCUGGGUGCUGGAGAUGGGCUGCCUUCCCGUUCAGCUAAGGGCCAUAUCAAGUCUGCUUCCAUCUCGACAGCUGGCCGAGCUGACCAUGGGACCUUAGAAACCCCUCUAGAUCCACUCAGACAAAGCACCGGUGUGGGACGUGGCCCACCUGUCUCUCCUGCUGGAAGCAACCGUCAACCAUUCCCACGAAAUGUACCGAGCCGCUCAACGUUCCACAGUGGCCAGAAUAGGCGCAAUCACACUACAUACGGACCAGCAACACCUCUGCCUCAAGAUACUUCUGCUAUUAGUCACUCUGGAAGAACCUCAUCCUUUUUCUCCAAACUUUCAUCCAGAUUCUCCAAGCGACCCAUGGAUUCGGUCCCUAAACAUGUAGUUAGCAGUACUGUGAAUGAUGAUCAGGUGAAACCUCGUUCUUUGCGAUUCACAUGGAGCAUGAAGACUACUUCAUCGCGUGAUCCUAAUGAAAUAAUGGCCGAGAUCCGCAAGGUUCUAGAUGCCAACAAUUGUGACUAUGAGCAGCGAGAAAGGUUCUUGCUGUUGUGUGUGCAUGGAGACCCCAACACAGACUCGCUAGUUCAGUGGGAAAUAGAGGUGUGUAAAUUACCCCGCCUGUCCCUAAAUGGAGUAAGAUUUAAGCGCAUAUCUGGCACCUCCAUUGGCUUCAAGAAUAUCGCCUCCAAGAUAGCCAACGAGCUGAAACUGUGACUACCCGUGUUGGAGGGGGUUUGCAUCGAAGAAGAGGGGAGCGGGCCCCCUCCAGCUCCACCAGCUGCAGCACCAUCGCGGGGCUGACGGUGGACGCUGGGCCCCCGGCGGCCAUGGAGACUUCGGCGGUGAACUCGCUCUGCGCGGGGCAUUGUACUUUAAAGGGUAGUCUUCAGUGACGGGGUGCUGUAUUAGCAGGGUGCUCUAAGGAUGAAACUUGUGAGGUUGCUGUCUCCUUGUGACCAAUGAUGACCUCUUGUUUCUCCGGCCGUUAUGUUUGAUUUGUCAGUGGAGACGGAAUUCUCCGUUAAGCAGGCUUCGGACAAGAUCGUCUCCAGUGCAGCCAUUCACUGUACUAGUUUGCUCGCUCACUUGACCAUUGCACUUCGGUAAUAAACUUCUUAAAGGAGCUGUUGCCUGGGCAUGUGUUUUGGAUCAGGUUUUAAAUUGCCUGUGGCUGCUGGCUCCCAUGGCUCCCAUAGUUCCCUCUUUCUAUUCUGGAAUGUUGAAUUGACAUUGAAAAGAUAAAAAGAUGUGGAAAUGCUGCCGAGGGCUCUGUGAGUCAUUUAGUGAUGUAAUAGUUUUUUAAUAAAUGGCAAAUGUGUAAAGUUGGAAGGCAAUAUGCCAGUGGAUAUUGGUUCAUCUGAAUUUUAGGAACAGGCUGUGAUCUUUUGAAAGCAGCAUUUGUGUUAGGUAUUUCAAUAUCUGCUAUUGCAUAAUGACUGUAAGGCAUUAAAAAUAUUUUGCCAUUCAAACCCACCCUAUCCCCCUUUUCUUUCUGAAAAGGACUUGUAUAAAUUCCAUUCUUGUAUAUAUGAUUUAAGCAGAUAUGCAAUAUAAAGAAAUAGAAAAUUUGCAAUAUACAUAAGCAUUAUAUAAAUAUAUAUAAAUAUAUUUCAGUAGUGAGGUUCCUAAGGCAAGCAUGUGAUGGACUGUGCAUUUCAGUGUGUUCAUUAGUGCUGUUUUAUUUACAGAGUACCAUCCAGCAGAAAAGUGACUCUUUAAAACAUGAUCCAAAAAAAAAUUAAAAUUUUUGGUAAGCAUGCUUCAGGUGCUAACCACAAAAACUGUCAAUGUAUAUGGCAACAUUUGUUAAUUUUCAACUGUUAUUAAUUUUUUCGCUCAAGAAUGUAGACAUCACACUAAACACCUAUGCAAAGUACAUUUGACAUUAACUCAGUCUAUGCCACAUUUUUUAUCUUUUCUUGCUGUUAUCUCGAAAUAUUGUGUAUUAUGUGUAGGGGUCAUGCAACAUCAGUGUGAACUGGUUUUGGUACUAUUUAGUAUCUCCUUUUGCUCAGUUUCCCCAUGUAUUAUUUAUAACUUUUUUAUAGUGUGUGCGUGUGUCUCCAAAUUUGGAGAAACUUUAUGUGAAUUGGAGCCAUACCGAGUUCACAAUGUGCCCUUCUCAUGAAGAUGUCAUCAUCCCAAGAUCAUAUUUUUAAAAAGUGUGACAUAGAUUGAGAAAUGGCUUGUAAAAAGGUGAUUCCACCUAAUACUUCCUCACAGGCUUAAUGUUUUCAAGGAAUCUGAUUGUUAUGUAUUCUGGAUACCCUGGAUUAUUUUCUUCUUUGAAGAUAAAGUUUAUACAUGUUAAAAAGACCUAACUGCCAGUAUUGAUAAAAUCAAUUCUUGGUGUGUUGAUAAGCAAAAAUGUGUGCUUUUCAAGAAGUCUUAGGAGAAUGCUUGAAGGGAGUGCAAGCUAGAGCAAGCUCUGUUGCUAGAAAUGACUGCAGUGAGUUGUGGGUGGGCUCCUUAAAUGUGAUCCAUGCCAACCACUGUCUACUCUGCCUGUCCCAUCUCUGUGUGUGCUAUAUGUUAUCAAGAUGCUCACCAUUGUAUUGUACAUAGUGAAUGUAACCCAUAUCCACUGUUAUUUAGAAACAGUGGUUAUUUGUUGCUUGCUUUGUUAACUUUUCUUCCAUCUUUUUUAUCUUACUUGGUGAAUAAAUAAAGGAAAGAGUUAAAUCCGUAUUCUUCAGUUUUUGAUGAUGUAAAUUGAAAAUAUCUGAAAUGAACCAAAACAAAAAAAGAAAAUUUGCACUUUUUGUGGAGGAUUAUUCUUCUUUCCUUUUGCAAAUAAUGAUACAGUCUAUUGAAGUUUUAAAUAUGCUGGUUAUUUUAAACUUUCAAGAACACUUCAGAAUGUUAAAUUUCUUUCCUUCUUUAUCCAACAAUUCCAUUUCAUCAUCCUUCCUGCCUACUUCAUUGACUUUCUUUGUGUUGUGUGUUAAUCUGCCUUAUUCCUUCAUGUAUUUUCAUAUUCUUUUAAAAUUAUUUUUGCACAUCAUUCACAUUACAUUGGAAAGAUAGCAUUGGUGUCUCCUAUAUAAAGUGAUAUUGAAGAUUGAAUAAAAAGUAAUUUAUGUCUACUGCAAUGGUACAGUGACUAUUAAAAAAUGCACCUUUUUGUUUUCAGUCGUGCAUAGCCUACAAAGCAUUUGACCAUGUCUCAUGGAUUUUGUCUCUGUUUACAAAAUUCCAUAUUGAGUACAUGGUUCCAAUUUAAAGUUGUUGAAGGGAAUACUGCACUUAACUGAAUCUUCAGGGAAUAAAAAGUAGUCAAGAAGUAUAAAUUAUAUUUUUAGUGUUUCUACUUUUUUUUCUCUCAAUUUUUGCCUAUCCCUUGUAGCUUCUUUCAUAAUACACUCUAUUAGAGCUUUUUCCUUUCAUCCCUUGUGGGAUCUCUCAUAACUCUCCUUCAAAUGCUCAAAAACAUUGGUGCAGUACUUCCCAGUGAUCUCAAUAUAAUAAAAUGAAGUCUACAGAAUUCAAUAAGACCUUUUUUAAUGUGAAAAUACAACUUUAAAACGACCAUGAAUUGUAAAUGCAAAUAUAUAUGAUAUAUUAUCAUUUCUAGCAUUCAAGAAAGGUAUUACACUUUUGUUACUCUAACUUGCACACAUAAUAUUAGAUAAGCAGAUUUUUAAGUAUGAAUUCCUGGUGAUUAGACUUUUUUUCGGUGUAUAUAAGUCACAUUGUGCAAAGUCAGAGCAAGACUUAUAACUAAUGCUCUACUAUUCAUACAUUACAGAAUACAAGUCGACUCGUAAAUAAAUAGAUAAUUGUGUAUUUUAUAUGCUAUGCACUGAGUUUGCUCGGCUGCAAGGUUCAUGUCCUAUGUCGUGAGUGGAUUUUGCAGAUUGACUGCUAUAAGCCACUAGCUGCGUUAGAAAUAUGUGACCUUGAACACAGAACCUUCCUAUGCUUUGUUAGAAUAGAUUCCGGUGUACAUGUGUGGGUGUAGGCAUGAGUGUUGGAACAAAGAUGAAGAUUUAAGUGAAUUUGAUACAUGAGCUAAUUCAUUAAUUUGGAGUUGCCAAUUAUGCAAAAUAUACACUGUAAUAAUAUUAAUAUAGAUAAAAUUAAGUAUGUUGAAACAUGUACAAGUGUGAAAAUGCAGAAUUCUCAAUAUGUGAAUUUAUAACAUUUAUCAAUUCUAGAUCUAAAAUGAGUAUUUGACCUGUAAAGAUGUAAGAAGUGUGAUUCUCGUCAUGGAGUAUGUGCGGUAUGUCAAGGCAUAUAUCGGUAACAUGAAUGCUACAAAACUUCUAAAAUAAAAAGGCUUGGGAUAUUGAGUAUUUUGGUAUGUUUUAUUUUUCAAGCUCAUAGGGAAAUUGAAUCCAUAUAUUUGUCCUUGGUAAGAAAACCUUCAUAAAUGACAAUGAAAAUAGGUUUGCUCUCCUCCACAUUUAAAUUUUUCAACUAUUGGUCAUGAAAUAAGUAGCCCUACUAGAGACAAUAUUGCAUUACGAAAAGUUUUGCAUUUGAGACUAUAAUAAUUCUUAUAUCCUAUAUAUCUCUAAUUCAAUAUUAUUAAUUAAUCUUGAAAGUAGUAAAGCUUACAAUUGACAUUAAAUAUUUUUUUUAAAUGAGUACGUAUACAUGUGUAUUAAAUUGAGUUUAAAAUGGUACUACAUAUAUUAAGGGAAAUUGCAUUUACUGAAAGUUUAAGUUAUACGUAAGUAUAACAAAUUUAACAUCUAAGUUGGACUUAUCAGCAGGGAUUUUGAGUUAUUUAAACUAGUGCUCUUGCAGAAAUUGAGAUGGUUGAAAUCAUGUAUUAUAUUUAAUUAUUGAUAUGUGAUAAUUAAUGCAGGAGGAAAAGGUUUAAGAUAAAGCAAAAAUGUAGUGCAACACAUCAGCAAACACAAAUUUUGAAAGACCUGUGGUUUCCUUGGAAAUGCUGCGGGUUUUAAGAAAUAUCAGUCAUAAACAUGGAGGGGGGGGGGGCAGUUCACAAAUUCCAUAUAAACUCCAAAGGGCUACCCCAGAUGGAUUAUUCUGAAUACUAACAGAAUGAUUGUAUAUUCGCAAGAAUUUGUCGAUAGUGGAAUAAAUGUAUAAACAUACUCGUAUAAAAGUUGAAUAACCGUAUAUACAUAUGACCUAUUAGUAUUUGCAAUGCGAAAAAAACGAUAGAAAGAAAAUUAGUCUGGUCAUGUGAUAUCAGUAAAUGUACCUAUUAACUUAGAAAAAAGAAUAAAAAACAAUUAAAUUUUAUAUAAAUCUAAAAAGUGCAAAUAUUUGAUUGUGAAAAAUCUGCUAUUCUCGUAAUGCUCACACCAACUGAAAUCUCAUACU